AUGACGGAAUCGGACUCUGAUAAAGAAACAACACAAUUGAAAGUUUCUGUUGAUUCUCCUCCAAUAGACACUACAUAUACAAAGGAGGCCAUGCAAACUUCUUGUCACGGAGAUGAUUGUAAUGGUAGAGAUGGAUCAACCAUUGAUAUAACAGAGAGUCCUUGGGAUCCCUCUUGGCUUUUUAUAGUUCACAAGAGCGUCGAUUGGAAAAAGAUGAGUAAGGUGUUGGAACAAAGAUUUGCUUGGAUGACCAAGCACUUUCCUAAUGAUAUAAUCGUCCCAGACCCUACUCCAAAGGGCAAGGCAUAUGGGGUCCAUGGUCUGCAUGCCAAUCCCAACUGCAUGAACCCGCAAGGAUACUUUCCUAUCCAUGAAGCUGCUGAACGGUUCUCUGUUGAUAUGAUCAAGUUGCUCUUUCGCCAUGGUGCAUCAGCCAACGUACGCACAGUUGGUGAUGUCGUUGUUCAGGAUCUACUCCCACUCCAUGUUGCAAUUGAGAAUACUUGCAUGCACAAGUAUCUGGAGGACAAUGUCUCUCCUGCGCAGUACAAUCGGGAUUAUAUCUGCAAGCUCAUUCAUCUGUUGUGCCUACCUGAGAUGAGACGCUUCUUUGCUAAGGCACAUUCAGAGGUGACACAACUUUCUGUAUAUGUCAGUUACAGUGACACUCUGGCCUUUCACUGCAUUUAUUCCUAUAUGCUUCCAUUAGACCGUUAUUCCAUAUCUAAUGUGAACAUGAAUCAUGCUACUGCCAGUAAUUCUCUUGAUUCUGUGGUGGUCACUGAUCUGUAUGACUUUGGUGUGCGUGGGUUUAACGUAGCCAGCACAAAAUGA